AUGAGGCCGUUGUUCCUCUAUAUCCAGCUGUACCUAACCCUUAUAGUCUGCUUUCCCAAAAACCAGAGGAAACAGAGUGGUUUACAGUCCUGGACCUUAAGGAUGCCUUUUUCUGCAUCCCUGUACUUCUUGUUUGCCUUUGAAGAUCCUUCAAACCCAACAUCUCAACUCACCUGGACUGUUUUACCCCAAGGGUUCAGGGAUAGCCCCCAUCUAUUUGGCCAGGAAUUAGCCCAAGACUUGAGCCAGUUCUCAUACCUGGACACUCUUGUCCUUCGGUAUGUGGAUGAUUUACUUUUAGCCACCCGUUCAGAAACCUUGUGCCAUCAAGCCACCCAAGCGCUCUUUAAUUUCCUCACCACCUGUGGCUACAAGGUUUCCAAACCAAAGGCUCAGCUCUGCUCACAACAGGUUAAAUACUUCGGGCUAAAAUCAUCCAAAGGCACCAGGGCCCUCAGUGAGGAGUGUAUCCAGCCCAUACUGGCUUAUCCUCAUCCCAAAACCCUAAAGCAACUAAGAGCAUUCCUUGGCAUAACAGGCUUCUGCCGAAUAUGGAUUCCCAGGUAUGGCAAAAUAGCCAGGCCAUUAUAUACACUAAUUAAGGAAACUCAGAAAGCCAAUACCCAUUUAGUAAGAUGGACACUUGAAGCAGAAGCGGCUUUCCACGCCCUAAAGAAGGCCCUAACCCAAGCCCCAGUGUUAAGCUUGCUAAUGGGGCAAGACUUUUCUUUAUAUGUCACAGGAAAAACAGAAAUAGCUCUAGGAGUCCUUACACUGGUCCGAGGGACGAGCCUGCAACCCAUGGCAUACCUGAGAGACUUUUUAGAGGUCUCCUUGACUGAUCCCAACCUCAACUUGUAUACUGAUGGAAGUUCCUUCGUAGAAAAAGGACUUCGAAAAGCAGGGUAUGCAGUGGUCAGUGAUAAUGGAAUACUUGAAAGUAAUCCCCUCACUCCAGGAACUAGUGCUCAGCUGGCAGAACUAAUAGCCCUCACUCGGGCACUAGAAUUAGGAGAAGGAAAAAGGGUAAAUAUAUAUACAGACUGUAAGUAUGCUCACCUAGUCCUCCAUGCCCACGCAGCAAUACGGAGAGAAAGGGAAUUCCUACCUUCCGAGGGAACACCUAUCAAACAUCAGGAAGCCAUUAGGAGAUUAUUGUCAGCUGUACAGAAACCUAAAGAGGUGGCAGUCUUACACUGCCAGAGUCAUCAGAAAGAAAAGGAAAGGGAAAUAGAAAGGAACCGCCAAGCGGAUAUUGAAGCCAAAAGAGCCGCAAGGCAGGACUCUCCAUUAGAAAUGCUUAUAGAAGGACCCCUAGUAUGGGGUAAUCCCCUCCAGGAAACCAAGUCCCAGUACUCAGAAGAAGAAAUGGAAUGGAGAACCUCACGAGGACAUAGUUUCCUCCCCUCAGAAUGGCUAACCACCAAAGAAGGAAAAAUACUUUCGCCAGCAGCUAACCAGUGGAAAUUACUUAAAACCCUUCACCAAACCUUUCCCUUAGGCAUUGAUAGCACCCAUCAGAUGGCCAAAUCAUUAUUUACUGGACCAGGCCUUUUCAAAACUAUCAAGCAGAUAGUCAGGGCCUGUAAAGUGUGCCAAAAAAAUAAUCCCCUGCACUUCAGGUCAUACAUUUCAAUCCCUGUACCUGAACAAUGGAACAACUUCAGCCCAGAAAUAAACACCACUUCCAUUUUAGUAGGACCUCUUGUUUCCAAUCUGGAAAUAACCCAUACCUCAAACCUCACCUGUGUAAAAUUUACCAAUACUAUAGACACAACCAACUCCUAAUGCAUCAGGUGGGUAACUCCUCCCACACAAAUAGUCUGUCUACCCUCAGGAAUAUUUUUUGUCUGGACCUCAGCCUAUCGUUGUUUGAAUGGCUCUUCAGAAUCUAUGUGCUUCCUCUCAUUCUUAGUGCCCCCUAUGACCAUCUACACUGAGCAAGAUUUAUACAAUUAUGUUGUACCUAAACCCCGAAACAAAAGAGUACCCAUUCUUCCUUUUGUUAUCGGAGCAGGAGUGCUAGGCAGACUAGGUACUCGCAUUGGCGGUAUCACAACCCCUACUCAGUUCUACAAACUAUUUCAAGAACUAAAUGGUGACAUGGAAUGGGUCACUGACUUCCUGGUCACCUUGCAAGACCAACUUAACUCCCUAGCAACAGUAGUCCUUCAAAAUCGAAGAGCUUUAGACUUUAGGCUAAUCGCCAAAAGAGGGGGAACCUGUUUAUUUUUAGGGGAAGAAUGCUGUUAUUAUGUUAAUCAAUCCAGAAUCGUCACCGAGAAAGUUAAAGAAAUUCGAGAUUGCAUACAACAUAGAGCAGAGGAGCUUCAAAACACCGGACCCUGGGGCCUCCUCAGCCAAUGGAUGCCCUGGAUUCUCCCCUUCUUAGGACCUCUAGCAGCUAUAAUAUUGUUACUCCUCUUUGGACCCUGUAUCUUUAACCUCCUUGUUAAGCUUGUCUCUUCCAGAAUUGAAGCUGUAAAGCUACAAAUCGUUCUUCAAAUGGAGCCCCAGAGGCAGUCCAUAACUAAAAUCUACCGUGGAUCCCUGGAGCCUGCUAGCCCAUGCUCUGAUGUUGAUGACAUUGAAGGCACCCCUCCUGAGGAAAUCUCAACUGCAUGACCCCUACUAUUCCCCAAUUCAGCAGGAAGCAGUUAG